AUGUCCUCUGCUCAUGAUGCCACCACCAAGAUCUCCAUUGACACGUUCGACGGCGACAACUACGCGACAUGGAGCCGCUGCAUGCGUGGCGUGUUCCUGACCAAGUCGGCGUGGCACGUGGUGAACCGGGAUACGUCGCUAAUCUACGCGGACGAUCGCGCCAUGGACGACUACGUCAAGGCCAACAACAUCGCUUUCGGACUGAUGUUGCGGCACAUGGACGCAGACUACCAUCACAUCGUCGAUGAAUGUGAAGAGGCGUGGGUCGCGUGGGCGCGUUUGAAGACGCUGUACGGCGGGUCGCAGAAGGCUGGACGCAUCUACUUGAAUCGUCAGCUGUUCAGCAUGGAGAUGGCGGAAGGCGGCAAUGUGAUGCAUUAUUGCAACGAAGUCCUCAACAUCAGCGCGAAGCUCAGCAGCAUCGGCGCCAAGAUGGAGGACGAGGACGUGGCGAUCUGCUUGUUGCGCAGCCUCCCCAAGAGCUACGAGAACGUCGUUCUCAACUUGGAGAUGAGCAGCGCGGAACUGCAAUCGCGAGACGUCGUGAGAGUGCUCACGAAUGAGCACAUCAAGAGGCAAGGUGACAAGACGACAUCGGUGAAGACUGAAGACGCGGCGAAGGCGUUCAGUGCCGAGCGUGAACCUCGCCAGUGUACAUACUGCGGAAAAUUGGGGCACACGGCGGAGCGGUGCUGGACCAAGCAGAAGGACGAAAAUCAAGGUGGAGCUCGACGCGGCGGCAACAAUGCUGUGGACGCGGAGCCAACAACGUUCAGUGGCGAACCAACAACAACAACAACGACGACAACUACGAUCGAGUUGCUCGACAGCGGUGCGACGCAUCACAUCUGCAACGACAAAGCCAAGUUUGCAAGCCUGAAUGAGCGAGAGGAAGGCGAACUAUCAGUGGCUGAUGGCAUCAAGGCUGCGAUCAAGGGUAUGGGAACCAUCAUGAAACGGGUGGUUCUGCCCAAUGGUGACCAACGCGACAUCGAGAUCAAGGACGCACUGUUCGUACCAAGUAUGAGCAAGAAUCUGCUUUCGGUGCCACAGAUCAACAAGGGUGGCAGGUUCCAAGUCGUGUUCGACGGGUCCAAGAUGCAAGUGAAGCGCAAGAAUUCCACACAAGUCGUGGCAACAGCGGAUCUCGUCGAUGGACUUUACUGGCUGCGGACUCCUCAACGAUCGGCAAAUGCAGCAACACGCAAUGGGACUAUCGACUUGCAUGCGCGCAUGGGUCAUGCACCCCUCGAAGUUCUGCGCAAGAUGGUGGCCACUGGCAUGAUCAAGGACGCCAAGGCACCUCUCAACUCGACUGGUCCAAGUGUGUGUCGCGGUUGCCAGCAAGGAAAGAUGGUCCAAAAACCAUUCCCAACCAACCGUGACAAACGCCAAUAUGGUGUGUUCGAGUUGCUGCACUUCGACAUCUGCGGGCCAAUGGAACAAGUCUCGAUCGGCGGCAGCAGAUACUUACUGCUUGUGGUUGACGAAGCCAGCGGUUGCAUGAAGGGCUUCUGUCUGCGGUCCAAGUCUGAGAGUAAAGUCUGUAUCAAGAACCACAUUAUCAAGAUUCAAACUCAGUUCGGCACGAAAAUCAAGUUUGUUUGGCACGGUGGAGCGCAUGAGUUUGCGACCAACUCCAUCAAGACCUUCUACGAAGAUCAUGGUAUCGAGCAACAGAUCACGGUGCCGUAUGCACACCAGACCAACGGCACCGCAGAACGCGCGAUAAGGACCAUCGUCACGAUCGGACGCAGCUUGUUGCAUCAUGCAAAGCUGGAGAAGUGUUUCUGGGCUGAAGCGGCAAUGACGGCGAUCUACAUCAAGAACCGCCUGCCUUCACCCAAGAUCGACCACAAGACUCCGUUCGAGAUCGUGUACAAGUCGAAACCAAGUGUCAAGCACAUGCGCGUGUUUGGAUGUCGGGCUUUUAUCCUGACACCAAGGGAGAAGCGAUUGAAGUGGGACCCGAAGGCUCGUGAAGGGAUGUUCCUGGGCUACGAAGAAGCGUCAAAAGCUUAUCGAGUGUACGACAUUGAGGCGGGCCAAGUGGUGAUCAGUCGUGACAUCACCUUCGACGAAUCGACUUUUGACUUUUCGAUGGACCGACCAAGUGACGACGAUGAAGAUGCGGAGUUGGACCUCGACCUCCUGGCGAUCACCGAGGACGACGUGCGUCAAACCGUCUACAAGCAGACUGGCAAGCGCAAGAGUGAAGCAAGACCCGGCAUGUCACGUUCAGCUCGCCCUCGAACUGGGUUGGAACAAGCAAGUGCGCCGGAACACGUCUCCAACCGUCACCAGAAACGACGAUCAAGUACUCCAGAAACGAUGUCUGAUGACGAAGAAGAUGCAAGCGUCUACGAUCAAGAUGACGACUCGACGCCUCCAACAUUUUGGCGUGCAAGUGCAAACGCAGUGGAAGCAACGGACCUAGCAGAACCUAUGCAUCGUCGUGGAGUUUUCCGUGCGGCAAAACUGCCAAGAGGCCAAGGCGCGAUCGGCACCAAGUGGGGGUUCAAGAUCAAGCGCAAAGCGGAUGGAUCGGUCGAGAAAUACAAAGCGCGUCUCGUUGCCAAGGGCUUCAAGCAGAAGUACGGCAUCGACUACACAGAGACGUUCUCGCCCGUGGUCAAGUACGUGACACUGCGUAUGGUGAUCGCGAUCACCAAGUAUUUCGACUGGCCACUGGACCAACUCGAUGUGGUGACAGCCUUUCUCUACGGAGUGAUGAAGGAGAAGGUGUACUGCGUGAUACCAGAAGGCGUCGAGAUGGAUGGCGACUUCGACUGUCUCGAGUUGGUGAAGGCGAUCUACGGUCUCAAGCAAGCUUCACGUGUGUGGAACGAGACUUUCGACGAGUUCGUAUGCUCCAUCGGUUUCGAAGCGUCGGCGUUCGACCCAUGUCUCUACAUCAAGGUUGUCGACGGUCAUUGUGUGCUCGUGCUGGUCUACGUGGAUGACGUGUUGGUCACCGGCAGCUCGCUCGAGUUGAUUGCGCAGACGAAGGCCGACCUCAAGACGCGUUUCGAGAUGACCGACAGUGGCAAGUGUACUUUUGUACUGGGCAUCGAACUGGUGGACGAAUCGGAUGGCAGCUUGGCGAUGUGCCAGCGACGGUAUGUCAACGACAUCCUCAAGCGAUUCGGCAUGGAUGAGUGCAAGGCCACAGCAAGUCCGGUCGACUUGAGCACUCGGCUUGUCGCAAGCAGCGAAGCGGCCAAGAUCGACGUUCCGUUUCGUGAAGCUGUGGGAGCUUUGAUGCACUUGACGACUGCGACGCGCCCGGACAUUGCGUAUGCUGUGGGGUACGUCUCGCGCUUCAUGGAGAAUCCGCAGCAAGAACAUGGGACGGCGGUGAAGCGCAUCUUUCGUUACUUGCAAGGGACCAAGUCGCACGGACUCCGCUUCCAGCCAAGCGACAAGAUCGACUUUCGUGGCUACUCGGACGCGGACUGGGCCGGCGACCACGCUGAUCGCAAGUCGACUUCGGGUUACACUUUCAAGCUGAUGGGUGCUCCUGUGAGUUGGGGAAGCAAGAAGCAGUCAAGUGUGUCGCUGUCGACGAGUGAAGCGGAAUACAUCGCACUGAGUCUGGCCAUCCAGGAAGGCAAGUGGGUGCAUCGAUUGCUAUGCGAAAUUUUGGCGGCCGCAAACGAACAAGGACCGGACCUCGUCAUCCGUGAAGACAACCAUUCGUGCAUCAAGAUGACGAAGAAUCCGGUGAAUCAUGGCCGCGCCAAGCACAUCGACAUCAAGUACCAUCACAUCCGUGAUGAGGUCAAGCGCGGUGAAGUGCAGCUCGAGUAUUGCGAGACUUCCGAGAUGAUGGCGGACACCAUGACCAAGGGACUUUCGGGACCUCGCCAAAAGGACUUGACGACGGCUCUCGGCAUUCGUGCGAGUUCGGCUUGA